CGUUCGUCUCAGCUCUGUACUCCGCGAACGAGAGGUCUGUAGCGAUAUAUGCAGCUCAGAUAGUACCGCAAAAUGCCCCGUAUACUUGUCCUGCUCUCCGUCUUCGUCCCGGUCCUCUCUAUCCUCUGGGUCUGCCGGUCCUUCCUCCCCGCCUUCGAUCUCGUGGCGAGCUUCCCACUCUCUUGGCCGCUCGCAGUGCACCCCGACCACACCAGUGCGCAGCACGCCCAUGACGACGCCCAUUCCGCCCAGCGGCCUAUCGAGGCCAUCCAGCUCGGAGCCCAGCACAGCCCCGGAGCGCCGGCCCACGCCCACCCGUCCGAGGCGGUGGACACGGAACGCGUAGCGGGCGAGUUCAAGCGGACGAUAGUGGCGGUCGGCGACCUGCAUGGAGACCUUCCCAACGCGCAGAAGGUGCUGCAGAUGGCGGGCGUGGUUGAUGAGCACGGAGACUGGUCCGGGGGCGUAGACUUCUUCGUGCAGACGGGGGACAUCAUUGACCGGGGAGACGACACUAUUAAGCUGUACGCAUGGAUGGACAAGCUCCGGGAGCAGGCGAAGGCCACCGAGGGGACCGUCCUGACACAUUUAGGCAACCACGAGUGGAUGAACGCCAUCGGCGACUGGAGGUAUGUGCCCGCCACGGAAAUUAAGACGUUCGGCUCCGUCGCCGCGCGCCAGAAGAUGCUCGCAACAGGACGCAUCGGACGCAGCUGGGCCGCAAACUACACGACCACCUCGCGCCUCCCGCUCCAUCCCGCGCUCGGGCCGCCGAACACGGACUACGACCCGGAGACGGACUCUGUGUCCACGUCGCCCCUCUCCCACGCCGCGAUUUCGUUCGUGCACGGGGGCCUCGCACCUGCGUACCCGGACUUGACACCGUUCCCGUCGCGCAUCAACGAGCUUUCGACGUCGCUGCUGCGCAAGCUGCAGCACCGCAAGGUGCACCCGCCGCCGCACCCGCCGAAUCCGUACCCUGGUCUGCCUCAUGAGGCGACGAACCAGGAGCACCGGCUGUACGGGUCCGACGGACCCUUGUGGUACCGUGGGUGGGCGCUCGACCCCGAGGAGAAGGUGUGCAAGGAGGUGGACGAUGUUUUGAGCAGGACUGGAACGCGCCGGAUGGUGAUGGGACACACUCCCGACUUCCAGAAAAUUGUAUCGAGAUGCGGAGGGAAGAUCAUCAUCAUCGACACUGGCAUCUCGCACGCAUACGGCGGCGCGCUGUCCGCGCUCUCAGUCACCUACACGCUCACACCUGUCUCCGCCAGCAAGGACGCCUCAGAGCAGAAGUGGACGGAGAAGGAGGUCGUGAAAGCGUUGUACCCCGACCGGGAGGUGCUUCUCGCAUCUGACGAGAGGGAGGUUGUUGGUGAUUUCUUCUAGAUGCUCGGUUUUGAUUGGAGAGGUAACUUAUUCCGUUAUUGUUGUCGGCACGCAUUGGAUGGAAUAUACCCCAAGGGCAUGCCCAGAGC